CUGAUUUCGGACGAUCAACACGCACAUGACCAACGAGCAGGACGACGAUCCUCAAACGAAAACUCCAGUUGACAAUAAUCUAUGGACCAUUUCAUUUCUUUGUGGAAUUUGCUUGGACUCUUGCUUUGGCCGAUCCGAAUUAGCUUCCAGAACAGCCGAUGAAUUCGUCCAAGCGGUUUGUCUUUAUACCUGUACUUGGUCUGUAAGUAUGUCAACCUCCCUAUGUCCAUCCAUCUGACUGCGAAUUUCGACUUGACUGAUCCCCAACGCGACCUAUGACCGGUAGAAGCUUGUCUGCGACUUUGGUCGACUUUACAGAAUCAUGCAUACGAUUGCAACAGCGACCGCUAGCCGUUUCACUCAAUCCCCACCCGGCUUCAACCAGCGCGCCGAUAAGCAGGUUGUAGCCUUGAGUUCCGCGUGCAGUCUUGGACCUCGGGCUCAGGCGGGGAAGGGGAUGAUUUCUUGUUGAAAUGGAGUCUGGACUCUAUAGCAGCAUAUAACAGCGAGGUCAUUUGGAGCCAUCGGUCGGAUACUGUUCACACAUGAAAUGAUGCUGGAAUGGACCUGGAAGGCUGAUGGAAGCGCCUAAAAUCCACCGAAAGUCCAUGGUCAACUGUUCACCUUGGCGGACUAAUCUAGGACUGCUAAGCGCAUGGCACGAAUGCAAGGAAUAAAUGGUGGCAGAGAAAGGAAUUUUUCGCCAGUCUUCAUUCCCCAUGCGCAAACUGUGUUGGACGAGGGCGAAAUUUUAUCACUCAUCAUAAGCAUGUAAAUGGAAGGCGACGAUACCGUUUAGGUCAUACCGUUUACUUAUGUCUUUCUUACUUUUGAUUGUGAAAUCCAAAAAAGGAAAUGGCUUUGACAGGAUAAGCCCGCUGCCAAACCCCUAGGUCUUCCCUCCAGCUUGCUGAGAGAAUCGCUACUUGUCAUCGGCACAGUACGCGCAAGCCUGUCGCCGCACGCUCAUCCUGUCUACAUCGGGACAUCGAUUGUUGCUUGACGUCAC